GGCAGGGAUAUAAUAGAAGAGUACGUUGAAGAGAUGGAAAAGUUGUCAUUUAAGUUAAUGGAGCUUAUAGCUUUGAGUUUAGGGCUUGAAGCAAAAAGGUUUGAGGAAUUUUUUAAGAAAGAUCAAACUAGUUUUCUUCGUCUCAACCAUUAUCCUCCAUGCCCUAAUCCUCAUCUAGCCCUUGGUGUUGGUCGUCAUAAAGAUCCUGGAGCCUUAACCAUUCUUACACAAGACGAGGUUGAAGGACUUGAAGUGAAACACAAAGCACAUGAAGAAUGGAUAAGAAUUAAACCCAUCCCAAAUGCUUACAUUAUCAACCUUGGUGAUAUUGUUCAGGUUUGGAGUAACGAUGCAUUUGAGAGUCCAGAGCAUAGAGUGGUGGUGAACUCUGAAAAAGAAAGAUUUUCUAUUCCAUUCUUUUUCUUCCCUGCACAAGAAACUGAGGUCAAGCCUUUGGAGGAGCUGAUAAAUGAUCAAAACCCUUCCAAAUAUAGGUCAUACAAAUGGGGCAAGUUUCUUGUUCACAGAUUCAACACUAAUUUCAAGAAACAUAAGGUGGGUAACAUUCAAAUUUAUGAUUAUAAGAUAACAUAGCAUAUUAGCAAUAACAUUUAUCUUAUGCAUGAAAAUUAUGAAUUGGGUAUAAUAUGUAGCACCGUUGAUCCAAAACACUGUUUCUGUUUCUGAAAUGAAUGGAUGUAAUCAAAUUUGCUGCUAAAUUCCCUAGCUAGUGUGCUUCGUGUAUGAAAUAAUCAAGUACCAUUUAUCAAGUUUAUCUAUAUAAUGUGGGAAUUGCACUUGGA